GUUGUUUAAUUUGUUUUUUCAACUUUGUCAGCUCUAAAUAAGUGCUGGGUUUUGGACCACCUGACUUAUUCUACCCUUAAGGUGGAGUCAGAUUAAGUGCCUAGGUGUUCUCUGAACAACUGAGUCUUCAAUUGUCUUUUAAAAGUAUAAAGGGACUCAGCAGAACGCACAGAGAUUGGUAGUUUGUUCCACCAUUUGGGAACAACAGAGGAGAAGAGUCUGGCUAGAGAUUUCAAGCCGUGCUGGGCUGGAUGCACCAGGCGUCUCUCACAUGCAGAGCGAAGUGGGCGUGAAGGGGAGUAGACCUGGAUCAGGGAAUCCAGGUAGGCUGGGGCCGUUCUUGUAAGUGUUUUGAUUCUGGCUGCAACUGGAACCCAGUGAAGGGAGAUGAACAGGGGAGUGACAUGAGCUCUUUUGGGCUGGUUGAAGACCAGACGUGCUGCUGCAUUCUGGAUCAUCUGCUGAGGUUUGACUGUACAUGCAGGGAGGCCUGCCAGAAGAGAGUUGCAGUAGUCAAUGCGUGACAUCACAAGAGCCUGAACCAGAAGUUGUGUGGCCUGUUGGGUCAGGAAGGGUCUGAUCUUCCUGAUGUUGUAGAGGGCAUAACGACAAGAUCGAGACACUGAGGCCACGUGAACCUUAAAGGUCAGCUGGUCAUCAAUCAUGACACCCAGGUUUCUGGCUGAGUUUGUGGACACAAGUAGGCUCGAGUGAAGUCGGACACUGAUCUGAGGCUGAACAGAUGGACAAGCUGGAAAGACCAUGAGUUCAGUCUUAGACAGAUUCAGCUGAAGGUGCCGUUCCUUCAUCCAUGUGGAGAUAUCAGCCAGACAUGCUGAUAUCCGAGCUGAAACUGUUGUGUCGUCAGGUGGAAAAGAGAGGAAAAGCUGAGUGUCGUCAGAAUUACAGUGGUAGGAGAAGCCAUGGGAGCGGAUCACUGCACCAAGUGAGGUGGUGUACAGAGAGAAGAGUAAGGGACCAAGCACUGACCCCUGAGGGACCCCAGUUGAUAGGUCAUGUGACCUUGACACCUCCCCUCACCAUGUUACUCUGAAGGAUCUGCCUGUGAGGUAGGACUUGAACCACAACAGGACAGAACCUGAGAUGCCGAGCUCAGAGAGUGGAGAGGAGGAUUUGAUGGUUCACGGUGUCAAAGGCAGCAGACAAGUCCAGCAGCAGUAGGACAGAGGACUGACCAGCAGCUCUCACCAGCCGCAGAGAUUCUGUGACUGAUAGGAGUGCAGUCUCAGUGGAGUGGUCGCACCUGAAGCCUGACUGAAAAGGGUCAAGUGGGUUGUUGUUCCGCAGAUGUUCAGAGACCUGGUUAAAUACUGAGCGCUCCAGUAUUUUUGACAGGAAUGGUAGAAGUGAGACUGGCCUGUAGUUUUCAACCUGGGCUGGGUUGAGAUGAGGCUUUUUGAGCAGUGGGGUGACGCAGGCUUGUUUAAAAAGUAGCAGGAAAGAUGCCAGUUUCCAGGGAGGAGUUGACAAUGUGCGUGACUGCAGGUUUGAUUGUGAGCAAGAUGGUCUGCAGGAUGCUGGUGGGUAUUGGAUCGAGAGGACAGUUGUAGGUUUAGAGCUCAGAAGAAGCCUGGAGACCUCAUCCUCGCUCAGAGGAGCAAAAGAGCAGAGUGAAGGAGCAGUAGUGGGUUAGAGCUGACUGGACUGGUCAGGCUCAGAGAACUGGUUGCUGGUUGCAGCCACCUUUUCAGUGAAAAAGGAGGCAAACAUGUCUGGAGUCAGCUCAGUGGACGGCUGAGCAGCUGGAGGAGAAAGCAAGGAGUUGAACGCCAUAAACAGUUUUCUGGAAUCAGAAGCUGAACAGAUCUUGUUCUGAUAAAAAGUUUUCUUUGCAGACUGCAAGCAGGAGGUAAAGGAAGCAAGUUUCUGUUUGUAUGAGGACAAAUCAGUGGGUUUUGGGAUUUACGCCACUUUCUUUCUGCUGCCCUGAGUCCAGUUCUUUGUUCUCUCAGAACUUGAGAGAGCCAUGGACUUGGUUGUUUUUUCUUGGCCGGUUUGGACACCAGGGGGCAGAGUUUGUCCAAAGAGGAUGCCAGAGAGGAACAGAGUGUUUCAGUAGCCUCAUUAACAGGAAGGGAGGAGAAGUGUGAGAGGUCAGGCAUGACAGAGCUCACCUCCUCAGACAGCUGAGUUGCUGUGAGGGACUUCAGGUUUCUGCAGAAGGAGACCAUCUGUGUUGGUGACUGCAAAUUUUACCAAGAAAUGGUCUGACAGGCGUAGUGCAGUAACUGUCACCUCUGCUAUGGAGCAGUUACGAGUCAGCUCCAAGUCAAGGACCUUACCAGCUUUGUGGGUGGGAGGAGAUGGAGCCAGUACAAGUGCAAAAGAGGAGAUGAGUGCCAAAAAGUCAUGAGCCUGAGGUCUGUCAAUGUGAAUGUUCAUGUCUGCCAUGACAAUCAGUGGUGUGCCAUCAUCAGGGAUGUCAGAGAGUAACAUGUCCAUUUCAGAGACAAAGUCAUCCAGAUUACCCCCUGGUGGGCGGUACACAACCAGAAUAUAUGCUUUGAUGAGAGUAGUGACCUUUAAAGCAUGAUAUUCAAAUGCUGUGUUGUUGUUCGAUGGGCGCAGUGCAGAGAGAGACCAGUUGUCUGGAAUGAGCAUGCCAGCAGUUAUGUUAGCACACGGAUAAACGUGGGAGUUUUGGUCUGGGUCCCUAAACUUUAGAACGGUGGUGUAUAUUAACAGUUCCUACCAAUAGUCCUCUCUUUGCAGUAAAAAUUUUGCUUUUUAAUAUAAUAAAUGUUCAUAUUCUACUAUAUUCUGCAUCAUAACAAGCAGUUUUUUGCAGAAGAAGAGUCGGAUGAUUCAUAAACGGCUUCUUGUAUAGAACGUGCUUAAAAAACCUGGUUAAAGGAAGUUAAGAACCGCCGUGGUGAUUCAGGUUAUCUCUGCUUGUAGUUUUAGAUUUUCUUGAAAACAUUUUACACAAAAAAACCCCUGAGUAUGUUGAAGUUACUCCUUAUAAAUAUGACUCUAAACGACAGAGGCUUCAAAAAUAUGUGAGAACCAAGUUUAGAAGUGUUUUCUAAAGAAAAUCUGCUUGUUUUCCUGAAUAAAACCCGAUGGUGCAUCGCUGCAACACAACAGGACGCUUCUUAAAGUGGAACAAACCGACUCGUCUUUGUUCCGCUGGACGUCUGCAUUGAGACACCAGCGGCUGAAACAUUAUUUUCCUGCCACGUCUCUGGCAGCAGAUCCUCCCUGAAUGGAAACAGGGAGUUAAAGGACAUGAAAGAGGGUCCUGCUGCUGUUAUUACUCAGGAUUCUAUCUGAAACGAGGACGCCGAGGAGCACACAUUCCUCUUCCUGCUGACGGACGACGACUACUGGAGGAACAUCCUGCUAUUGUGGAUCUUCUUCGUUAUCUUUAGUGUCUGUUUCAUCUGUUUUAAAGCUGAAAAAAGAAGCAGAGAGAGGAUGGGGAGUCCUCUGGUUGAUUAUCCUGAAUGCUAAGAGUCUCUGAGCACAAAGGAUAAGAUCUCUUUAGUAAAUGAAGUGGAGGCCGAGCAGAGAGAACAAGUGUCGCCCCGCUGGGUUUACUUAGUCAACGUCUGCAGCUUCUCUCUGUCUCAGUGUGCAGCGGCGAUAGCAUCUGGAUAUUAAAGAAAGCCUCAGAAAACGAGAGUCCUCCUCCUCCGACCCGCCGGCCUGGAGAAGUUUGCAAUUGGAUAAGAGUUUUUAAAGCCAGAGUCCGGAUAAGAGCCGGGAGAUUAAUUCAGCGAUACAGCUCUUCAAGGAAAUUGGAUGGAUUGAAAUGAAAUAAAGAAGCACAUUUAAUACCUGCUCCUAAAAUAAAAUCUCAUCUCUCAGUUUCUGCUCACAUCUCUGCAGUGUAAACAGCUGCUCUCAUGGAAGUAAUGUUGGAAAACUACAGCGAUGCUUUUCAAAGUGCAGUACUGUGGAAAGAAGAAAUAUAUCAAGCUAAAUGGAGUCUCACAUUCAGCUUUUCUUCAGGAGGCUACAGAGAAGUUCAGCAUACCCACUGAGACAGACAUAUAUGUGGUGGAUGACACUGGAACAGAAGUUGACAAAGAGGUCUUCAGUGAUAUCUUGGAGGAAAAAUCUGACAUCCUGUGGCCUAUUUCUGAUGUUGACUCUGUAGUGGGUAAAUAACUGGACAGUUCCUAUGUUCAGUUACAGUUUUCUGUCACACAAAAUAUUAGGUUUUCACGAGUUGGAUUACCAAUCUUUCAGAGCCCAUCUGAGUAAAAACUAAGUGGACUGACUGAUAACAGUGCUGACACAAAUACUUACAAAAACAGUCUUUCCAUCUAGUAGGUUAUGUGGGGAAUAUUCAUUUUACAUAUCUAUUAAACUAUCAUGUUUUUAUUGCUUUCUGCUUAUUACUUAUAAUCAUUUUAAUUACUCUUUUGCUUAUCAGUUACAGUCAUCAUUUUAUUACUUUUAACUUAUCACUUAUAAUCAUCAUUUUAUCACUUUUUACUUAUUGCUUAUGAUCAUCAUUUUAUCACUUUUACUUACAAUCAUCAUAUUAAUCACUUUUGCUUAUUACUCAUGAUCAUCAUGUUAUUACUUUUAUUCAUUACUUACAAUCAUCAUUUAAUUACUCUUUUACUUAUUACUUACAUUCAUCAUUAACCUUCGUUGAUCAUAUUAUGUGUGUCUGCAACUUGUAUUAACCCUAUAAUCAAAUGUAAUAAAGUGCUUAAGAAUGCAUGUUUGAAUUCUAGCUCUGAACAGGGUGAAAAGUGUUGAUCUAAGCAGGGUGCAGGUUUCAACAUCAGACCUAAGGAAAGUAAGUUUAAGAUAAAUGCUUCAUGCUCCGCUUGACUAAAGGUUUGCGGUUACAUCUGAUCUUUCAAGAGUUGGGGGAAGAACUUUCCCCCUCGCUUCAAAACUGACAAACUGGAACAAGAAUAGCAUCUAGGAUGGCAGUAGCGUGGUCAGGUGACAACUUCUUAAUUAAAGUAAAGAACAUCCGUUAAAAGUUGUGAAAAACUGAAAGAAAAAAGGGGGGUCUGCGGUUACAGAGAUGAGCAACUUGUCACGUACUCACAGAAAGACAGAGAAAGGGUGAAAAGUUCAAACAACAGCUAGAUGUUUAAACAAGAAUAAAAGUUAAAGUAUUAAACCAUAAAACAAUAUUGGGGAAUUAAGAUUAAAAUAUAAUGUUCAUAAGAAAAAUACUUAAAAGAAAAUGUAAUCAACAAUGUCUUAAAUUAACAGUAAAUUGGGGACAGGCAUAGAAAUCCUAUAUUAACCUAUGAGGAUCCUAGAGUAAAAUAGGGAUAAGAUCAGAUUAAUCUGCCUUAUACAAAUAAUUAAAUUAUUGAUAUUGUUGUACUAUUAUGAAAUAUAAAUUUAAUAAGCUGAAUUAAUAAAACUCAAAGCUCAGCAUAAAUUCAGCAAGAAGCUCAGACCUGUUGUCUGCAGAAAGCUGAGUUGUAGUCUGUGUAAAACUCACAGGAAGUCACACCUCAGGAAGGCACAUACACACACAUGCAAAGUACUCUGAUUACAGGGUGAAGACGGCUGUGGUUGGACGAAGACUGAAGACAUCCGGCAGUGUGAACCAAUCAGAAGACAACACCUUCUUAGUUAAAAACUCAUGUAAUAGUUUAGAAUUCGCUCUUUGUUGUGAACAGCUGCAUGCAGAGGAAUACUGUCUUAGUUUAAGUCAGUCUGAUGCCAGCUAGAUCAACAUGGAGUCUGCAUGCAUGUAUUUUCUGUACUAUCCAAUGUGUUUUUACUAAAUAUUCUUAAAUGAAUAUUUUGACUCUGAGUCAUCCUUGUCUCCGAGUGUUUUUUCCUCAUUAACAGUACCAAAGAAUCCGCUUUCUGACAGUUACCUAUCAUGGCCUAUGCUGCUUAAAACAUGGCACACAUCAGCCACCAAAACUGAUAUGUAGUCAAUAACUGGCAAGGAAAAGCAGACAGAGUUUCCAGGAACCAGUCUCCCGAUACUAUCUCAUCUCUUGAGCUUGUGGACUGUUGAAUGAAACGGCAAGGAGAAAGUUUUUUUAGAAAAUUAUGUGGUCCCCCUUUUUCAGAUUUGUCCGUCCUGUCCUCGUGCACAGACACCUUGUCACUGUCAUCUCGCUCAUCAGACAGUGAUGCUUCUCUGAUGUCGCCAAAAAGACAGCGCCUUGAUGACACCCUUCUUAUGUUCCCAAAAAGUCAGCAUAUCGAUGAUAGUGUCACGCCCUCUUCCUCUCCGGUGCGGUGGCUCUGCUGAUUUCUAGCAGCUGUGGACGAGCCCAGCUGCUCGUAAUUGGCAAUCAUCGGCUGAUAAAAGCCUGGCUCUGCCUCAGCUCUGACGCUGGGCCGUUACACGCUGCACGCUGCCACAACGAGCCACUCUCUGGAUUACCUCGUCUGCUCAUCACCCGUUCUCCACUCCACACCUCUCCUCCAUCUGCUUCUGGUCCAUCUACUCCUCAGCUCUCAUCACAUACCCACCACCGGCUCCCUCAGCUCAGCCCCUCACCUCGUCUCCCAUCCCCCGGACAUAACGCGAGCCACCCUCCCUGUUAGUAUAGUUUUAUUUUAGCCCUUUCCACGGCCGUCUGGUCUGCCCUCAGUUAGUUUAGUUUUGCCCCUCUUUCUGUUUUUUGUCUCUGUGCCUCCCCUGAGGAGUGAUUUUAUGUUCUUAUUAAAACUCCUUUAUUAAUUUAACUGCCUGUCUGUUGCCUGCUGCUUGGGUUCACCCACCGGUUUCUUAACAGAUAGUUCAUCACAAGCCAAAGAGGUGAAACAUUUCUCCUUAUGUCAUAAAUAUUGGUAUUUUUGGCAUUUUGUUUGUUGGUCUUACUCUUUUCUUCUAACCUUGCCAGAAAGUUGAUUUCUCGCGAUAUUUGUGAGUUCACAAAUCUCUCAAGAAACCAUCUUGCUCCGCUCCCGCAUUCACUGUUUGUACAGAGCCAAGUUGGCACGGGCCAAUCACGCAGCAGUAUUCGUGUGUGGGGCGGGAUAUCCGGGUGUGAAGACGACACCAAGCGCCAGUAGAUCAAAACAAACACGGCAACGGAGGACAACGAUCGUAUAGAUGCUGCUAUUAAGUCAGUUUUAGCUGAAUCUCGUGUCGCUUCUUUGAAGGAAGAACAACGAGAGGCUCUUUGCGCAUUUCUGGAUGGUAAAGAUGUUUGUGCUUUUUUACCUACGGGUUUUGGUCAGAGUUUAAUCUACCAAUUGGCUCCGCUCGUUGUGAAGAUCCCGCGAUUGGCUAAAAACAAACCUGUCAGAGGCGGGACAUACUGUUGCAUUGUCCAAUCCGUGCCUCUUUCCUCCGAACGGAUUUACAUGGAGCGGUCCCAGAUUGAUAUUGUGGAGUACUAUCAAGUACUACACAAUUAUUAAUCUGGAUAUUGCCAGGUUACUUUUCUUCUUCCUCUCACCAAGUUUAUCAAAAGAGUUCUGGAACAAAAGCCUGGAAGUGAGAAGAUACUUAAAGAAUUUGCAAUGAGAGGAGAGAUGAAGGACCGAACACGUCGUGAACUCGUCAACAUUGUUGUUGCUGAUCUGGUGGAAAAGUACGGGUAAGUGAAAUGCAUCAUGGUUCAUGAUUUAGUGAAGAGUGCGUUCAUAGUAUUUAAUGUCAGACAUCAUUGUCACAAUAGACACAGCAAGUGAUGAACAGUAAAUGGCAAAGGCCAAUGAGCAGUCGUCUGGAAUCACCUUGGAGUGAGCUGGUUUUAUUGAGAUAAUGAUGUAAACACCAGGACACUGCUAUUGUUUAGUUAUAGUUAUACUUUAGCCUAUUCAUAUGGCGCCUCCAAACAACGUGGACCUCCAAAUAGUGUGCCACUUUUGAUGGUACUUAGAUCUAAUCUUGCUGAAAGACUGUUAUAGGGGGUGGGUGUCUUCACUGAAAGGAGAAAGCUAAUUCUUAACAGAAAGAAAGGAUUGCUGUCAAGAUUUCAAGAAAUCACGAUACAAUAAUACUAAUGGAUGCCAAACUAAACAGAUCAUAUUGGUAAUAUUUCUAAUACAUUUUCUGAUGCAUUGGUUUUUUGUACAUGGUGUCAUUAACCCCCACAGGCGUGCUCCACCUAUGGACAAAAGAACACAGUGCUCAGUGGGGAUAGUAACAUUGUUCUCCUCUCUAAAAGAUCCCUACUCCAAAAAAGGCUAUGCUGUACGAUAGAAUGCGUAAUGCUGCCCUCCACUGUUGAAAGGGAGAGCUUAGAUUUUCCUCAGGACCCCUGUACGGCGAAGGAAGCUGUUAAAACUACAAAACAUCAUCUUUUAGGUGUUGCAAGACUUUGACAUGUUAUUUGGAGCUGAGACUGCAUCAAAACUCCUUGAGAAAUGGGGAACACUCAAGCCCAAAGUCAUACAGCAAACCAAAAGCCACCCCUGCUUGACUACUUCAUCCAGUCUGCGGAGGAGAACCCUGAUGAGGAUGGUGAGGUCCCAGGUUGGGAUAGUGACAUGGCUUCGCUGCUACUGCUGGCCUUCCUCCUGCCACCACCGCCAAGUGGAAAGAAGGGAGCUGUGAAGAUCAGUAUCCAGGAAGCUGUGGACCAUGUAAUCAGGUUUCAAAAGUCAUGUCGCAGCCUUCAGGAGCGCUCUGGUACAGAGCAGCGGAGGCAGCCCUACAUCCUAGCAGUUGGGACGACAAGAAGAAGCAUCCAUGAGCACUACAUCACAUUGGAUGGUGAGCUCCUUCCCUGCAAGGCCAAGUCCUCCCUGUCAGCCUUUGAUGAACUUUUCAAAACACAUUAUGUGUUUGGCAUCUCUUAUGACCAGGCCUUAAGCAGCAUGUACAACAUUAAUGUAGGUCAUUCUCACAAACCUCCUAGAGUCAAGGACCUUAGAGCUAAGCUCCUCAACUGAAGAGCUACGAUGUAUAAAUGCUUUGUUUGCAAAUCCACUUUUGUCUCCAUUCAAAAGUUGAUCCAUCAUCUCAAGCUUUCUCAUUCCUUUUAUCCUGGCAAAACAAUUCAGUUAAUGUGUGACCAGAAUGGAUGCUGCCAGAGAUGUUCUACUUUUUCAGGCUUCAGAAAACAUCUUCAUAGUAAACACACCACUGAAAAUCUAUAUCAAGUUGAUAUUAGACCAGUCACUCAUUUAGUUGAUGUGUCUGAUCAGCAAAUGGCUUCAAAUUUCAUUCCAGAUCAGCCAGAGAACUCUCAAAGUUGUAUUGAGACCAGGCAACAUACCCAGGAAAUGUGUGCAUCCCUGACUGCAAAACUCCAAGGCUGUGGUGUGGCUACUACUGUUAUAAAAACUGUUGUUGAAAAUAUGGAGGAACUUGUCGAGGAACUGCAUUCUAACGUCAAAGAGGAUGUUGUAAAAUUACUCCCAAAUGAUGAAGACAUGAGAAGAAAUUUUGACAGUUAUUUUGAGAGCCUUGACGAUCCAUUUAGUGAGCUGAAGAGUGAGACAAAAUGGAAAAAAAUUUUCUGUGAGAAAUGGGGUACUGUAGAACCUGUUGAGAUUGCCCUCGGUGUGAGGUAUGACGUCAGAAGGAAUGGAACCACUGGCAUGUACAAUCAAGUUCCUAUAACAGACGAUUUAUUUUACAUUCCUCUAUUGGAAACUUUGAAGUUCAUAUUCACCAACCAAGAGAUCUGUAAUCAUUUUGUGCAGCCUUGUGAGGAAACUGGGAUUUACAAAGAUUUCUGUGACGGGAACUAUUUUAGAAAUCACCCUCUGUUCUCUGUAAAACCAAAUUCUCUCCAAAUACAGAUAUUCUAUGAUGAUUUUGAAACAGGAAAUCCACUGGGAUCCAAGCAUGGUAUCCAUAAAGUUGGAAGUGUAUACUUUGUUUUACGAAACCUGUCGCCCAAGAUACACUCAGCUCUCAUGAAUAUUCAUCUUUUGGCACUUUUUCAUACUGAGGAUGUAAAGAAGUAUGGAUUUAAUGCAAUCUUAGAGCCCUUUGUACAUGAUCUGAAAAUCCUUGAAUGUACUGGAAUUGAAGUUCCUUUUUCUGAUGAACCAUUCAUGGAACAAUUGCACAAGUGACUGGGGACAAUUUGGGGUUGCACACACUACUUGGGUAUGUUGAGUCCUUCAGUGCAAACCAUUUUUGCCACUUUUGUCUAGUUGACAAAGACGUCACAGACAGUUUUCAGUGAUGAUCCAUGAAUAACACUGCGCAGUAAAGUACUGCGUGCUCAGCACUGCAAUGACCUCAUAGCAGAUCCUACACUGCAGUCAACAUUUGGCGUUAAGAGAACAUGUUUACUCAAUGAUCUGCAGUACUUUCACGUUUGUGACAACUUUGCGGUCGACAUUAUGCAUGACAUAUUAGGAGUGGGGCAAUUUGAGCUGAAGUUUCUUUUUGGUUACCUCUCAGACACCAACAUCAUAUCCAAGAAAGAUGUUUGUAACCGAAUAUACUCAUACAAUUACGGCUUUGUUGAGCGAAAAAAAUCGACCAACCAGAAUCAACUUGGAGCAGUCUGGAAAUGGAAUUGGUCUCAGUGCCAUUCAGACAUUUUACUUAGUCCGGAAUAUGCCUUUAAUAUUUGGAGAUACUGUGCAUGAAGGAGAUGCACACUGGAGACUUUCUGCUUCUGUUGCAAAUUCUGAACAUCAUAUUUUCACCAGUCAUUACUGAUGGCAUGACGGUCUAUCUUAAGCAUCUCAUUGUCGAUCAUCAUAAACUUUUCAAAGAGCUUUACUCGCAUCGCAAAAUGAUCCCGAAACAUCACUUUAUGACUCAUUACCCCAGAUCCAUUCGAAAAAUAGGCCCAAUUCUUCAUGUCUGGACAAUGAGAUUUGAAGCCAAACAGGUUUUUCAAGAACACAAUCAAAAGUUUCAAAAAUAUCACAAAGUCAUUAGCCCCAAAACAUCAGCAGGCAGUAGCAUACCACUGGGAAUCAAUGCCAUUUGAAAGUGUUAACUGUGGACCAGUAAAAAAUGUUCUGCUCAGUGAUUUGCCAAAUGGUGAGUUGAUUGCAGGAGAACUGCAGGUUGGCUUGGACUGUGAAGUUCAUGUGACUUCUUGGAUCAUUUGCUAUGGGACAGAGUGUCGCCCAGGCCUUCUGGUUUGCUCAAACAUAGGAGAGGAGUCUUUGGUUAAAUAAGACAUUGCUGUAUUUGAAGGAGGGUACUUUCUUCUGACAGAGGACUUUGAGACGCUUAGUUUUGCAGAACAUUUUCAUUCCUUUCAUGUGGUACAGGGAAAUGACGAAAAUGCUUCCCUGCUGAAAGUUGAUGAGUUGCGCUUCUUUAAGCCAUUUGAUUUGCAGAUAACUUCUGGUUUUGACAGACAUGACAAAUAUGUUGUUCCUGUACAUGUUUGGUUGAAAAACUCAACUUUCUUAACAGGUAGCCAUUUUGAUUUUGAUCAUCUUGUGUGGUGAUUGUUAUUUUUUUAUUGUUUUCUUUGCCCAGAAGCUUCACUACUCUGGUGGUUCUUCUGUAUGGUAAUCCACAUUGUCUUUUUGUUGUAACAGGAUUUUUGGACUGUUGACUUAUGAAAUGUUUUUUUGCUUAAAUGUCCAAUGUGAGAUCAUUUUUUAAUUAAAAAAAAAAAGGAUUAUUGUCCAAGUUAAAACCA